CUGAGGCGGCGGCGGCGGCGGCGGCUGAGGCGGCGGCGGCGGGCGGGGCUCGGCUCGGCUCGGGCUCCGCGGGCGGGCGGGCGGACAUGGCGGCCAACAUGUACCGGGUCGGAGAUUAUGUCUACUUUGAGAAUUCCUCCAGCAACCCGUACUUAAUCAGGAGGAUAGAAGAGCUCAACAAGACUGCAACUGGCAACGUGGAAGCAAAAGUAGUAUGCUUUUAUAGACGACGAGAUAUUUCCAACACGCUUAUAAUGCUUGCAGACAAGCAUGCUAAAGAAAUUGAGGAAGAAUCUGAAACAACAGUUGAGGCCGACUUGACUGAUAAACAGAAACAUCAGUUGAAACAUAGGGAACUCUUUUUGUCCCGCCAGUAUGAAUCUCUGCCUGCAACACACAUCAGGGGGAAAUGCACUGUUGCCCUUCUGAAUGAGACAGAGUCAGUAUUGUCAUAUCUUGAUAAAGAGGAUAGCUUUUUCUACUCACUGGUCUAUGACCCCUCAGUGAAAACACUAUUAGCUGACAAAGGUGAAAUCAGAGUGGGACCUAGAUAUCAAGCAGACAUUCCAGAAAUGCUCUCCGAAGGAGAAUCAGAUGAGAGGGAACAGUCAAAAUUGGAAGUUAAAGUUUGGGACCCAAAUAGCCCACUUACAGACCGACAGAUUGACCAGUUUUUAGUUGUAGCACGUGCUGUCGGGACGUUUGCCCGGGCCCUGGACUGCAGCAGUUCUGUGAGGCAGCCUAGUUUGCACAUGAGCGCAGCUGCGGCUUCUCGAGACAUCACGCUGUUUCAUGCUAUGGAUACAUUGUAUAGACAUGGCUAUGACUUGAGCAGUGCAAUUAGUGUCUUAGUGCCCCUUGGAGGACCUGUUUUGUGCAGAGAUGAAAUGGAAGAAUGGUCAGCCUCUGAAGCUAGUUUAUUUGAAGAGGCCCUGGAAAAAUAUGGCAAAGACUUCAAUGAUAUACGCCAAGACUUCCUCCCUUGGAAAUCAUUGACGAGCAUCAUUGAAUAUUAUUACAUGUGGAAAACUACUGACAGAUAUGUACAGCAGAAACGUCUAAAAGCUGCAGAAGCUGAGAGUAAACUGAAACAAGUGUACAUCCCAACUUACAGCAAACCAAAUCCCAACCAAAUAUCUACCAGCAAUGGCAAGCCUGGUGCUGUGAAUGGAGCCGUGGGGACCACGUUCCAGCCGCAGAACCCCCUCUUAGGCCGCGCCUGCGAGAGCUGCUAUGCUACACAGUCUCACCAGUGGUAUUCUUGGGGCCCGCCGAAUAUGCAGUGUAGACUGUGUGCAACCUGUUGGCUCUACUGGAAAAAAUACGGAGGCCUGAAAAUGCCCACACAGUCAGAAGAGGAGAAGCUGUCUCCCAGCCCACCUGCAGAGGACCCGCGUGUUCGAAGCCACGUGUCGCGCCAGGCCAUGCAGGGGAUGCCGGUCCGGAACACUGGGAGCCCAAAGUCUGCUGUGAAGACCCGCCAGGCUUUCUUCCUUCACACUACGUGUUUCACAAAAUUUGCUCGUCAGGUCUGCAAAAAUUCCCUCCGGCUGCGGCAGGCAGCGAGACGGCCGUUUGUUCCUAUUAACUAUGCUGCCAUUAGGGCAGAAUAUGCAGACAGACACGCCGACCUCUCGGGAAGUCCGCUGAAAAGCAAAAGCACUAGGAAGCCUUUGGCAUGCAUCAUUGGGUAUCUAGAGAUCCAUCCUUCAAAGAAACCUAAUGUAAUCCGAUCUACACCAAGUCUGCAAACCCCAACUACCAAGCGGAUGCUGACCACCCCGAAUCACACGUCGCUGAGCAUUCUGGGGAAAAGAAACUACAGCCAUCACAAUGGCCUGGAUGAACUCACAUGCUGCGUGUCGGACUGAGCUAUCCCUGUUUCAUCCUGUAAUGCAAGACUUGCUACACCGUCCUGCUGACGUUCACGGCCGUGCCUGGGAAGGAGGCAGCCCCAUUCCCAGUCCAUUUCAGCGGGAGCCCUCCCCGUGCAGCCCCUGGAGACUCGGUGGGGCAGGGGAAGAAGCUGUAGGAGUGCACGUCCCAAAAGCCGAGUCUCCAUGUGUGAAUCAGUGUCACCUCGCUUUGCUCUCAGAGACCUCGCUGCCCCAGCCAGACCUGCCUGCGAAUGAAGGGGAGGAGGGAGCCACUGGUCUCCUCCCUGCUCCGCACCUGCACCCCGGGCACAGCGGCUCCUGGGGCAGCGGGGCGGCUGAGAGCUCAGAGCCCCUGCUGCCCUGCAUGCGCCAGCUCAGCUCUGUCGUAAGCUGUGUGACUGUGUACAGGAGGGGCGUGGCCUCUUUCUGAAUGGGUUUUUCUUAACACAUGUGCCAGAGUUUAUGCCGUUCACAGUGUUGCCCCUCUCCUUGCUGUUACUGUCACUGACUUUUCCUCAUUAGGCUUCAUAGUUAUUUUUUUUAAAUGGGAAAAUGUCCUUCUUUACUCCCUGCAUUGUAUAUUCAGCCCACCUUCCCUACCCCUCCAAGGUCCAGAAUUACCUGAGGUUCUGAAAAAGAUAAGAAAGCCGUCUUUGCUAA